GAUGUGAAUGUCAAACACUCGUGCUGAGUUGAUGUUCGCUCUUCGUAAAAAUAACGUAACACCCCACGUCCGAUCACAAGUUCCACUGUUUCAUUAAAUUUUGUUUAAAUUUCUUAAGAAAACCGACAGUUCUUUCGAAAAUGAUGCAUUUGCGCUCCGUUGCUAGUCUAUCCUUGAGAAAUAUUCGGCAAAUCUCAAACACCGUCGGCGUGCGAAAUGCAGAAGCCGCCGUCGCCUCCGCAGCAGAAAAAUUAACCAUUCCCGUUCCGGAAGGAGCGGAAAAGCCGGCAAACCCCAAGCUGGUGUCCAUUGUGGACAGUAUCGCCACCCUGAAUCUACUCGAAGUGUCCGAGCUGAGUGGUCUGCUGAAGAAGAAGCUCAAUCUUCCCGAUGCUGCAAUGAUGCCGGCAGGAUUUGGCGCUGGUUUUGCCGCUCCUGCAGCGCCAGUUGACGAGGAAGAAGCCGCCCCCAAAGUGGUGAAGACCACCUUCAAAGUUAAGCUGGUCAAAUUCGACGACAAGCAGAAGGUGGCGCUUAUCAAGGAAGUCAAAAACCUGCUGGAGGGAAUGAACCUGGUGCAGGCGAAGAAAUUCGUCGAAAGUGCCCCAACGAUUGUAAAGGAAGAUAUCCCGAAAGACGAGGCGGAAAAGCUGAAAGAAGCGUUUACCAAAGUGGGUGCGGUUAUUGAAAUAGAAUAGAUAUGUCUUAAGAAUUUUGUAGUUGAAUAAAAAUGGGAGCCGAAAAUAUGUUUUA